UACCGACGGUCCAAAUUCAACGACUCGCCAGUCGCCCAGAAAAUCGCUCAAAAAGCCACAGAACGGUUUUGGAACAAUUAUCGUCAAACCUCGAAAACAUAACCUAUUGGAUACUUAUAUGGAUAAUGGUUUAAAUUUUUCUCAGGCUUAUGAUGGUUUUUCUUUUCUCUUUCCUUUUUUUUUUUUUCGUUCACUCUCUUUUUUCCUUUACGGAACCGCACGCCCCAACUUUCUCCGCCGCGCUGCAAAACAAUCCGACUAGCCUUGUGUACUGUAGCGGCGUGCGAAUUCUGAAAUGUACGGGCUGUGGAAAAAAGAAAAGGAGGACUAUAUGUGCUAUCCAAGGAGAUUCAACUCGGAAAACAUACCAGCCAUUCAGUGGUGUUCUCAUGUCGGGGGGCUGUCAACGACGCACAGAAAACACAUAUAAGAAUAUCAACAUAAUGUUGACUGUUAGUUACCUGCCACAUCAACCACCGCCAUCGCACCUGAAAGGAGAACGGAGAGGGCGAAGGGAAAGAAAGAGGAGAGAAAAAAAAAAAAAAAAAAAAAAAAAAUCCAGACCUGGAGAGGACACAAUUAUUGCAUUGCAGCAGGAGUUUUUUGGUCGAACUGAUUGGUUGUUUUCGUUUAUCAUUUAUUUCGAUUCUUUGUUGCGCGCUUUCCCACGUUUCAUACUCCCUUCUUCGCUGGCCGACUACGUGUACAGAUGGGAAUCAUUGGAGUCGUGAGCGCAAGUGGUAUGCAGCAGCGCUGCAUGAGUUGAAUGCAUUUGAUUGCAUUGGGUUGUUUUCCAUAUGAAGCAUAUAUUAUAUACUG